UCCUUCCACGAGUGACCAUAUAGCCAAACCUAGAAAAUCUUGCAUUUUAUCGUAGAACGAGUAAGGGUUAACCUAAUUUAGCUAACAGCUCUCCAAAGGGGGAUCAUUGUGGUCGACACAAAAAUGGCUGGAAUUCUUGUAUAUGCCACCAUCUUACUUAUGACUCUAGUCUGGUGUAGAUUGUUAAGAAGACAAAAGAAAGGAUCCCAAGGGAAAAGUGAGACCCAGCUUCCUCCUGGAUCAAUGGGGUGGCCUUAUAUAGGAGAAACUCUCCAACUCUAUUCUCGAGACCCAAAUGUAUUUUUCGCUUCCAAACAGAAAAGGUAUGGAGAGAUUUUCAAAACGCACAUAUUAGGCUGCCCUUCUGUUAUGUUGGCUAGUCCCGAGGCAGCUCGCUUUGUGUUAGUAACUCAAGCUCACUUGUUUAAGCCCACGUACCCCCACAGCAAGGAGCGUCUCGUUGGUCCAGCGGCGUUGUUUUUUCACCAAGGAGACUACCACACUCGUCUCAGGAAGCUGGUUCAAGCCUCAUUGUCUAUUGAGGCUAUUCGGAACUUGGUGCCCGAUAUCGAUGCCCUAGCAGCCUCUACCGUAGAUUCUUGGCAUGGGGGGCAUGUCGUUAACACCUUUCAUGAAAUAAAAAAGUUCUCUUUCGAAGUUGGCAUACUAAUGAUUUUUGGCCGCCUCGAGGCUCGAUAUAGAGAGGAGCUUAAGAAGAACUACUUCAUAGUUGACAAAGGCUACAACUCCUUCCCUACAAACAUCCCUGGAACUCCAUACAGAAAGGCAUUGCAGGCAAGGAAGAGGUUAAGUAAGAUAUUGAGUGAUAUCAUAAGUGAAAGGAAGGAGAAGAAGUUGCUGGAAAAGGAUCUUUUGGGUUGCCUACUUAAUUCCAAGGCUGAAAAAGGCCAAAUCCUAACCGACGAUAAAAUCGCCGAUAACAUCAUCGGAACUCUUUUCGCUGCUCAGGACACAACGGCCAGUGUCAUGACAUGGAUCGUCAAGUACCUCCAUGACAACCCGAAACUUCUAGAGGCAGUUAAGGCUGAACAAAAGGCAAUUAAAAUAUUAACUGAAGAAAGCAAUCAGCCGCUGAGUUGGUCACACACUAGGAAUAUGCCAAUUACUUACAAGGUUAUAUUGGAGACUUUAAGAAUGGCAAGCAUCAUAUCCUUCACCUUUAGAGAAGCAGUUGCUGAUGUGGAAUACAAAGGUUACCUCAUUCCGAAAGGUUGGAAAGUAAUGCCUCUGUUCAGAAACAUUCAUCACAAUCCCGAUUUUUUUACUGAUCCGCAGAAAUUCGAUCCUUCUAGGUUUGAGGUUGCCCCAAAACCCAAUACUUUCAUGCCAUUUGGCAGUGGAGUGCACGCCUGUCCUGGAAAUGAGCUUGCAAAAUUGGAGAUGCUUAUAGUGACCCACCACUUGGUUUCCAAGUUCAGGUGGGAAGUGGUAGGAUCCGAAAGUGGAAUUCAGUAUGGCCCAUUUCCAGUCCCUCAGCAAGGACUCCCCACCAGAUUUUGGAAAGAAUCUACAACUUAGAAAGGCAAGCACCGAUGCUGGGUGGAUUACAAUAACAACAGUAAUGCAAUGCUCCGCUCCGAUUUCGCUCCCUUUGUCUCUACAGCAAAACUUUCAACUGAGCAGUUUCCAUUUUUACCACCUGAUUUAUAUUAAAUCCCCUUCCAAGCUCUUCUGGGGAUACCAACUUGUUUCCCAUCCAUCUCAGUUUUAGUUCAUUCUCAUUGUCAUUAAAAGCCUUUUUUACUCCAUCUUUUAGCGGCAAGCAAGUUGUAGCUCCAAAUUUGAUAUUUAUGAUAAUCGAAAGGUUUCAGUUAACAAACAA